GCCACGCCCCCUGGUCCCCUGGCGAUAUAAAAGGCAGCCCUGAGCCCUGUUCGGUCUCAGUAGAGUGCUGGAAAGGAGAGGGGAGAGACCCUCCGGUAGCCGAGGAGAAGAAGCCCCGGACUCAGGCCCGCCCUCUCUCUUUCCCCAUGGCACCCACGUUGGCCACGGCGCACCGGCGGCGCUGGUGGAUGGCCUGCACGGCGGUGGUGGAGAACCUCUUCUUCUCUGCCGUGCUGCUGGGCUGGGGCUCCCUGCUCAUCAUGCUCAAGUCCGAGGGCUUCUACUCCUACCUCUGCCUCCUCCCAGCGAAUGCUUCCCCAAGUGCCAUGGAUGGGGCAAGCUCCAGUGACAGCAACCAGACGGAGAGGGUGGCCAUGGCGGAGGAGGUGCCGGUGACCCGGAUGAACGGCUGGCUGAUCUGCAAGGAGCAGGACGAGAUGUUGAACCUGGCCUUCACGGUGGGCUCCUUCCUGCUGAGCGCCAUCACCCUCCCACUGGGCAUCGUGAUGGACAAGUAUGGCCCACGCAAGCUCCGCCUCCUCGGAAGUGCCUGCUUCGCCGCUUCCUGCAUGAUGAUUGCCUAUGGAGCCAGCAACCCGGACUCACUCUCGGUGCUGAUCUUCCUCUCGCUGGCCCUGAACGGCUUCGGAGGCAUGUGCAUGACCUUCACCUCCCUCACGCUGCCCAACAUGUUUGGGGACCUGCGCUCCACCUUCAUCGCCCUCAUGAUCGGUUCCUACGCUUCCUCCGCUGUCACCUUCCCCGCCAUCAAGGUGAUCUAUGACUUUGGGGUCUCCUUCAUCCUCAUCCUGACGGUCUGGGCCUGUUGCGCAGGACUGGUCUUCUUCAACUGCUUCUUCAACUGGCCCCUGGAACCCUUUCCGGGCCCCGAAGACAUGGACUACACGGUGAAGAUCAAGUUCAGCUGGCUGGGCUUUGACCACAAGAUCACCGGGAAGCAGUUCUACCGGCAGGUGACCACGGUGGGCCGGCGGCUUAGCUUGGGGGGCUCCCUGAAGGGCGGCCAGAAGGAGGCGCCCCCCCUGCAAGGCGGGAACCCCCUCUGCCUCUCCACGCUCCACCUGGAGGUCAAGACCCAGGCCCACAGCAACGACUCCCCGUCUUUCCUGCGCAGCCUCUUCAGCCCCAUCCUGCUUCUCAGCCUGGUCACCAUGUGCGUCACCCAACUGCGCCUCAUCUUCUACAUGGGGGCCAUGAACAACAUCCUGGAGCACCUGGUGGAUGGCGACCUGGAGACCGUCAGCCUCUACUCCUCCAUCUUUGGGGUCCUGCAGCUGCUCUGCCUCCUGACGGCUCCUGUCAUCGGCUACAUCAUGGACUGGCGGCUGAAGGACUGUGUGGCCGAAGGGGCCGAGGAGGAGGAGGAGGAGGAGACAGCAGCCGAGGAGAAGGACCCACAGGCCGGACAGAAGCCCAAGAAGCCGAAGCCCCGCCGCGACCGGCAGAUCCAGAAGGUGACCAACGCCACCCGGGCCUUUGCCUUCACCAACCUCCUGCUGGUAGGCUUCGGGGUCACCUGCCUGGUCCCCAACCUGCCUUUGCAGAUCCUGUCCUUCAUCCUGCACACUGUCGUGAGGGGCUUCAUCCAUUCCGCCGUGGGAGGGCUCUAUGCUGCAGUCUACCCCUCAACACAGUUUGGGAGCCUGACGGGGCUGCAGUCACUGGUCAGCGCCCUCUUUGCUCUCCUGCAGCAGCCCCUCUUCGUGGCCAUGAUGGGGCCCCUCCAAGGAGACCCCCUCUGGGUGAAUGUGGGCCUCCUGGGGCUGAGCCUGCUGGGCUUCUGCCUCCCACUGUAUUUAAUCUGCUUCCGGAGGCGCCUCGAGAGGGAGAAGCGGCAGAAAGCAGAGGAGGACAAGCUCUUCUGCAAAGUCAACGGGACCCCCGACCAGGAGGCCUUUGUCUAGGACAAACGUCGCCUGAGACUGGCCUGGCUUGAUGGAGAUGGGUGUCCCCCUUUUCUCUCUCUGACUCUACUGGUGGUGGCCCCCAUUUCUGCAUAUCCUCCCUCCUCCAUGGAAGGGGUGGGGAUGUCUCCUAUUCCACUUCUCCCUCCUCCACUUUGGCCUGGAUCUGCGCAGGACGCAGACCGCUUCCCUUUGAUGCCUCCCCUUCUGCUGCACUGUGACAGGAAGUGAAUGUACGGACUCUUUCUCUCUCUUUUCUGGGAUAAACAAGAAAGAAUACGGGGGCGACUGACUGAUGGACUGCAUGGCACGCUGCUUGCUGCACACUUUGCACAUCCAUCCACACUCCUCGGCUCCAAUCGGCGGCCCAGCAGCGCCUCCUGGUGGCUCAGGGUGGGAAGCAGUGCCCGCUCGCUCCACUGCCAAUCACAACCCUGGUACCGCCAAAACAACAACAUCACUGUCUGCUCUGAUGUGUUUCUCUUUUAUACAAAAAAAAAAAAGCCAAGGAUACAGCCAAA